AAAGAAUAAACAUUCUAUGUUUGAUAAAAUUUCAUUAAUUACAGAUACGUAAUGUUUCUGAAAGAUAUGUAUGCCAUUUAAGUUGAGUUUUUCAGAAUAUUAGGAGUUAAUGACAGCGGAUUUUUAAGUGACACUGAAUCUUUCAUGGUCAUAUAGCGACUUUUCAGCUAAAAUGGCGGAGGAAGAUUUAGGUUUCAGGAUGAUAAAAAAGCUUGUGUGUUGUGUAAUAUUCGUUGUAUGUGUGGUCGGAAUUGCAGGUCAAAUUCCAGGUAUGGACUUUAUGCAGCAGAUUGCGAAUAAUCUGAACAGAAUACAAACCAUGAACAAUGCAAUGAUGAGGGAGGGCAUGAGCAGAGCUCAGGCUGGUAGACGCUAUGGUCCUGGUGCAACAAGAUUUAGAACACCUGACGGCGGUGUCGGAUAUGUUUACAACUCACCCGAUGGUUCAUCAAGCUCGUAUUCGUUUAGCUCAGGUGGCCCUUCACAUGGCUUCACCUACUCAUUCGGGCCAGGAGGAACAUACAGACGUGAAUGGUAGAUAGUGAGAUCAGUAAAAAAACGUCGAUUAGCUUGACAACGUUUGAAAUGAAAAAGAUAUUUUAAUAAAACUUGAUACUG